AUGCUGCAGCCACCUAAUGUGUCCCAACAAGUUGGAGACUUGCGGAGGAUUGAUUUCCGGUUAUCCACAGCUCCCGCAGCUAUGCGUCACAGGUUUGUUUCUUCCUCAGGUCCGGAUAUGCAGAUUGAUGUUGCAUCCCAGAUCACGCGCAAGAUUCUCAACACUUGUUUUGGAUGGAAAACUUACGUAGUUACUAUCGAAUCAGAACGAAACGGACAGUUGAGCUUUCUCGGUGUCAAUGUUGAAGAGAAGGCCGACGGGACCAUAGAACGUAAGAUCCACAGAAAGCAAACGUGGAAAGGUCAGUAUAUUCACUUUGAUAGCUUCGUUCCGUUGCAACAAAAACGCAACCUAAUUAGAUGCCUGACCGAGAUAGCAAUGAAGAUAUGCUCACCCGAAUGCUUAGAAGAGGAGCUGAAGAUCUUGGAACGUACAUUCCUGCAGAACGGAUAUCCUGAAAGGUUCGUACUCAAGACCUUGGAGGCCGUUAAACCCAAAACUACUGAGGAGAAGCCCGUAUACAUGAGGCUUCCAUCCAAAGGUGACUCGGUUGCCGAACUAAUCACCAUAAGGCUUAGAAACUCCGUGGAUACGACAUACUUGGCCGCUAAUCUACGUUUGAGCUUCAACUCCAGCCUCACUAUCGUAUUCUGCUUGAAAGACAGAUUGCCACGUUCUACCACCAGCUUUUGUGUGCACUCAUUCGUAUGCUCAUGCCGAGAAUCAUACGUUGGUCGUACGAUAAGGCAUUUGUCGGACAGAAUACGAGAACACAAUCCCGUAUCUCUGAGUGGUAGUGGAAAGAAACCAGGCCCAAGCGCAAUUGCGGCACACUUGACCGAAAUCCGUCAUGUCAUAGACAAGGAGCAAGCCUUCACCAUCAUAUACCGGGCACCUCUGAACGGGUCACGACUGGUAAGAUCCAGACUACUAUCGAUCGCAGAGGCGAUAGGAAUCCGACUGCUGGAUUCAAAACUUUGCAUCCAAAAGAACCUUGUGCGACCUCUGACCGCUGGAUUCACAAUUUUGCAUCCAAAAGAAACUUGUGCGACCUCUGAACUUGAACUGGCCCACGAAACAUCUGGUCCCACAAUUCUGUCUGACAUUGACGUCACUGAGUUGACUCCGUGA